AUGGAUUUGCUCUCAAUCUCUCCCUCUCACCCUUCGCCUUCCCUUCGAACCCUUUCCCCCCCAAACCCUAAGCCCCCCAUUUCCUCUUUCGCCCCCAAACCCUCUCCCUCCCUUUCGCCCUUCUCCAAACCCAUUAGAACCCCACCUCGGUGCUUCUUCACGGCCUCGCCAAUUCCCUCCAAAAACCCAAACCUUGGGUCCGAAUCUCAGAACCGCAGUCUCACAUUCCAGCUCUCCGCGCCCCAGACGCCGGCGACGGCGGCGAGAGGUGCGGAGGGCGACGUGAUGGGGCUCUUGCUUAGGGAGAGGAUCGUUUUCCUCGGGAGCAGCAUCGAUGAUUUUGUGGCUGAUGCUGUUAUGAGUCAGUUGCUGCUGUUGGACGCCCAAGACCCCACUAAAGAUAUAAGGCUCUUCAUUAAUUCCACCGGUGGCUCUCUCAGUGCUACAAUGGCUAUCUAUGACGCCGUACAGCUUGUGAGGGCCGAUGUUUCCACAGUUGCACUCGGAAUUUCAGCAUCAACAGCUUCUGUUAUUCUCGGUGGUGGCACCAAAGGCAAGCGCUUUGCUAUGCCAAAUGCACGAAUUAUGAUUCAUCAACCUCUUGGAGGUGCUAGUGGACAAGCAAUAGAUGUAGAAAUUCAGGCGAAAGAAGUUAUGCACAACAAGAACAAUAUCACAAGAAUUAUAUCAAAUUUCACUGGACGCUCAUUUGAGCAAGUACAGAAAGAUAUUGAUAGGGAUAAAUAUAUGUCUCCGAUUGAAGCUGUUGAAUAUGGAAUUAUUGACGGUGUAAUCGAUAGAGAUAGAAUUAUUCCUCUCAUGCCAGUGCCAGAAAGGGUGAAAUCAACACUAAACUAUGAAGAGAUAAGUAAAGAUCCAAGGAAAUUCCUGAACCCUGAUAUUCCUGAUGAUGAGAUAUAUUAG